CUUUGGCUUCCGCCUUCUCGCAAAAGAGCUUCGGCAUUCCGGCCCUUCACCCUCCUCUCUCGAACCUUGUUAUCGAGACGCGGUGGUAGGCAAGCACGAUGUCGCUCAGUAACAUCACCUACGACUCCUCGGGAGAUCUGCAGUACAUCGACGCGAACGGGGACAAUGCCGUCUUCAACGGCGGCGACAUCGCAUGGACCCUCGCGUCUACUGCCCUCGUCUGGCUCAUGAUUCCCGGCGUUGGUUUCUUCUACUCGGGUCUCCUGCGCCGGAAGAACGCGCUCAACAUGAUUUUCCUGAGUAUGAUGACCGUCGGCGUCGUCUCCUUCCAGUGGUUUUUCUGGGGAUAUUCGCUAGCGUUCAGCGAGACCGCGAGUCCGUAUAUCGGUGACCUGCGCCACUUUGCGCUGAUGAACGUGGAGGGUCUCACGCCCUCCGUGGGCAGUCCUAAGAUCCCCUCGCUUGUUUUCUGUGUUUUCCAGCUUAUGUUCGCUGCCAUCACCCCCAUGCUCGCCAUCGGCGCCUGCGCCGAACGCAGCCGCCUCGGCCCGAUCCUCGUCUUCGUCUUCGUCUGGUCGACGAUCGUCUACGACCCGAUCGCAUGCUGGACGUGGAACCCCGCCGGGUGGUCGUACGUCCUCGGCGGGCUCGACUUUGCCGGCGGCACGCCCGUGCACAUUUCGAGCGGCACCGCCGGGCUCGCGAUCUCGCUGUACCUCGGCAAGCGCCGCGGGUGGGGCACCGAGCGGCUCGCGUACAAGCCGCAUAAUACGACGUAUGUGGUGCUGGGAACGUGUUUCCUGUGGUUCGGGUGGUUUGGGUUUAAUGGUGGUUCGGCGCUCGCUGCGAAUCUGCGUGCGACGGAGGCGUGUAUUGUGACGAAUUUGGCGGCGAGCGUGGGCGGGCUGACGUGGAUGCUCUGGGACUACCGCCUCGAGCGCAAAUGGUCCGUCGUCGGCUUCUGCUCGGGCGCCAUCGCCGGGCUCGUCGCGAUCACACCCGGCUCCGGGUUCGUCGGCGCGCCCGCGGCGGUGCUGUUCGGCUUUAUGGCGGGGACGGUGUGCAACUUUGCGACGCAGCUCAAGUUCGUGUUCGGGUACGACGACACGCUCGACAUCUUCGCGUCGCACGCGAUCGGCGGUGUCGUCGGCAACAUUCUCACGGGCCUGUUCGCGCAGGCGAGCAUCGCGGGCGCGGACGGGAUCACGACUAUCCCCGGCGGGUGGCUGGAUCAUAAUUAUAGGCAGCUGGGUAUUCAGCUGGCGGAUUCGGUGUCGGGGAUGAGUUAUUCGUUCGUCGUGACUACGCUCAUCCUAUGGGUCAUGCACUUCAUCCCCUACCUCCGCCUGCGGUGCGACGAGGAGACCGAGAUCGUGGGCGUCGACGACGCCGAGAUGGGCGAGUUCGCGUACGACUACGUCGGACUGCUCUCGGAGCUGCUCCCGCGCCACGAGUACGAGGCGGGCGCGCACGGCGGCGGGCGCGAGCCGGAGCACAGGCAUUAUCAGCACCAGCAGCCGCACCCGCAUGUGCAUCAUGAGCUUGGGGCGACGUUGCCCCGCGGGCAUGAUGAGGCGUCGGAGGAGACGGUGGAGAAGGAUGGGAGGGAGGAGGUGAAUGUUGCAUGAGGUGAACCGUUCAUAUAGGGCAGGAGGUGGAUUGAGGUGGAGUGGAGUGGAUGGUAGGGGUGGGUUUGGUGGACAUGGAUGGAGUACGAGUCAUUUUGAUGUGAUUCGCGUAUAUCAUUUGUUGUUGUUCGACGUUCCUUGUAUGAUGUGUUGUGUUUCUCGUAUCUCCCGACUUAUAAUAUUU